UCGCGUUUAUUACCCUAAAUCCGAUAUAAUUUAUCGACGUCUGUUCGAGGCAGUCUUCGACGAACUAAACCCGCUUUAUCCUCCGGUUCCACGUGGUACUCGCGUACCCCGAGUCCUCAAGGAUAACGGAUAUCCGUGUAUGUGCACUUGUACCCGUGUACCUUCUUUCAUAGUCCCCGAAAAGAUAUACAUGUUCCUCUGAAAAUUUGCUCAACGAUUCGUAGUUUGUAGAAUAAAAUACAUAUCGGGCAAUGGAACUUCCCGGCACCUUUAACGUUAAGGAUGAAUCAACGAGGUGUCUGGGAAGGUCUAUUGUCUGGCUGCAAACUGUUACCGUUCCCGAGGCGUACACGAAUAUUUAAAUAUGCGUGUCUGGCAAUUAUCGGCACGUGCUGGUGCGCGUACCUGCACGUCGAGCGAGCUGCAGCGUGCCGAAGCCGAGAUGAAAUUCGAAGAACGCAGGAGAAGGUUCGCGCGCUGGUCGUAUCUAAUCAGCGUGCGCGUUAAAAGCGAGCCGUAUUUUACCGGUCCCGGUGUUCGCAACAGUUCGUCGGUCAGGCUUUCUCGGACAAACCGUUCGCGAGCGGUCCCUUCGUUGGCCCUAGAUUUCCGGGGUCUCUAGUCACUGGGAUUUCGAAGCGUUUCGAGUCGGGUUUCCACGCGUAUUCGUCCGAGACUGUUCAAAAGGGCUCUUCGAGAAGAAAACGAGAACAUCAAAGGGAUUUUCUGUGAUGAUUCCAUCCGCGCUGCACGAGUGGAGCAACGUCCGUCCCGUCGAAAGGAUAACAUAUCGAAAGUGCAGUCCCGCCAAGGAAACCUGAAACAGCAUCGACGUCUACCCGAGCAGAAGGAAGGAAAAGUGGAGCGAACGAAUCGCUCGGGAGGAAGUACCGUCGAUUUCAAUAAUUACUGCUUCGUUGAAAUUGUUUGCGGUGAAACAAGCUCGAGCGCGGCAUGGCUAAGCUGGAGAACGGCGUUUACACGCAGAACGGCUACGUGAACGAGGCCUUCCAGAUGGAGAAUCUCCAAGCUGGAGGGAAGGGGGAUUAUUCGGAUGUCACCGAGAAGACGAAAGAGAACGGGCAGCAAGAAGUACCGACGGAAAACGCAAACACUGUUCGUAAUAUUUUACUUGGAAUAUCGGUGAAUCGCUUUAGUUCGCGAGACGCGGUUAACCAUUGCUUCAAAUACACGAGAGGAGAAUGGGGAGGUGGAUUAGAAUUCUUAAUGGCAUGCAUCGCCACUUCCGUCGGUCUGGGAAACGUUUGGAGGUUCCCAUACACUGCGUACAAUAAUGGCGGCGGCGCUUUUCUCAUUCCUUACAUCAUCAUCUUGAUAUUCGUCGGUAAACCGUUUUACUUCUUGGAGGCUCUUCUAGGUCAGUUCACCAACAGGUCCUGCGCGAAGAUGUGGUCUAUGGCCCCUGCGAUGAAAGGGCUGGGAUAUGGACAAGCAUUCGCAGCGAUGUCCGUCGUUUCUUACUACUGUAGCCUGAUGGCCCUUACGCUGUACUAUCUGGUGGCUAGUUUUCAGGCUGAACUUCCUUGGUCGUUUUGCCGAGAGGAAUGGCAAGGUUACUGCAUCGAUGCAGCAGGAACCAGCAACUACGACAACGAAUCGGGUGCCGCCGAUGAUGGCUCUGUGCGCAGCUCCGCGGAAUUGUACUUCAGGAAAAUAGUUCUGAACGAGUACGAUUCUAUCGAGGACGGCAUUGGUGCUCCUUCCUGGCAGCUGACAAUUUGCCUCUUCUUCAGCUGGACCACGAUAUUUUUCGUGCUCUUCAAGGGAAUAAGAAGCACUGGCAAAGCGGCGUAUUUUCUAGCAUUGUUCCCUUACGUGGUUAUGAUCGCUUUGCUGAUCAGGGCGGUGACGCUGGAGGGUGCCGUCAACGGUAUCCUCUUCCUAAUCACCCCUCAGUGGCAGCAGCUUUGGCAACCGAGCGUAUGGUACGCCGCCAUUACUCAAUGCUUCUUCUCCUUAUCGGUCUGCUUCGGACCCAUCCUCACGUUCUCGUCUUACAAUAAUUUCGGGCACAGCGUCGGCAGGGAUGUAAUGAUAGUGACGACUUUGGAUACUUUCACGAGUUUGAUGGCCGGUUGCACGAUUUUCGGCAUCCUCGGUAAUCUGGCUCACGAAAUGGGCGUGAAGGACAUAUCGAAGGUGGUCCGUGGUGGCACUGGCCUCGCAUUUAUUUCCUAUCCCGAAGCUCUGUCGCGAUUCAAGGUAGUUCCUCAGCUUUUCGCCGUUCUUUUCUUCAUCAUGAUGUACGUGCUAGGUGUCGGUAGCGCGGUAGCUCUCUGCGGUGCCGUUUUCAGCAUUGUCUGCGAUCAUUUCCCCAAAACACCUCAGUGGAAGUUAGUACUCGUGGUUUCUAUCGCAGGAUUCGCCAUUAGCCUCGUCUACGUCACACCUGGUGGCCAAUGGUUCGUGACCUUGGUAGAUUAUUAUGGCGGUACGUUUGUGGCCAUAAUCGUUGGAGUAUUGGAGCUAGUCACUAUCUUCUGGAUCUAUGGACUACCGAAUUUCGUGAACGACGUGGAGUUCAUGCUGGGACGGAGACCGACGUGGUAUUGGAGAUUUUGCUGGGCUUUCAUCACGCCGAUAUUGAUGAUCGUUAUUCUAAUUUAUACUAUCGUCACUUAUGAACCACCUACCUACGACGGUGCAGUGUUUCCUGGAUACGCUUAUGGUAUCGGAUGGUUCUUGUUCAGCCUGGGAAUGAUGUUCAUCGUAGGAUUCGCGCUUCAGAAACUGAUACAGAAGAGAUCGUCGUCGUUGAUCGAAACCAUAAAAGCAGCGUUUAGACCUUGCGAGGAAAAAUGGGGGCCCAGGGAUCCGAAAAUACGCGCGGACUGGAAAGAAUUUAUAGCCGAUAAAGAUUUCAGGUGUCGCGGAGGCUUCGUCGAGACUUUCUUAAAGUGAAACUAGACAAAUCGAAUUUUGUACAGAUUAAAUGUAUAUGCGAUGUAAUUUAUUGAACCCGAGAACUGUUCGUUACCUUCCUUGAUUUCCUCGUCGAU